AUGAAAAACAAAAACCAAUCACCCAACAAGAGGACCGUCCUCCAGUUCCAUUACAACGCCUGGCCAGAUCACGGUACCCCAGAAGAGCUUGGAUUGGUUCAAUUUCAUAGAUCUGUCAUCAAGAAAUCUCAGUCUGAAUCUUGUUUCUUAGUGCACUGCAGUGCCGGAGUUGGCAGGACGGGGACGUAUAUUGGUCUGGAUUCUUUGCUGAGGCAAGGACAGGACAAGGGGGAAAUGGACGUUUUUGAAUUCGUCAAACAGAUGAGGGAGGACCGCAUGACCAUGGUUCAAACCCCCGAGCAAUACGUAUUUUUGCAUAAAGCGCUACUGUGUGAGUAUCAAGGCAAAGGAACUACAACGUCGGAAGCAGACUUCCCAGGGAAAGCAAAUAAGCUGUUGAAAGAUGAUUCACCAUUGAAUCAACAAGAAUUAUAUGAAGAAUUUAAGUCAUUGUCAACACUGAAGCCAUCGUAUGGGGACUCGGAUAAAGAGGAAGCCACGCUGCCCGAAAACAAGUCCAAAAAUGUCAGCAUGAGUAUUUUACCAGUGUCCAAAUAUAGACCAUAUCUGACAUCACAUGUUAAAGGAAGAAAUGACUACAUCAAUGCAGUUAUUCUACCGGUACUUUCUUAA